AUGUCAUUGUAUUAUACCCUAGUGUUUGGAAUUCUGGUCGCAGAGAUCAUUGUAUUCUCCAUAUUAGCAUUACCAAUCCCAUCCAAAUUCCGUAAACCAUUAACACUUCUAUUACUAAGACCAUUCAAGAUCCCGACGGUCCAAGUCGCCAUAAAAUGUAUACUUGGAUUUAUCUUAUUAUUGUUUUUGGAUUCGAUUAAUAAAGUUUACAAUAUCAAUCAAGAAUUAACUGAGGCAGGUCGUGCCACGGGCGGUGGCGCUGGUGGAUUGGGGCAAGAGCGUAUUGAAGUGUUAUCAAGGAAAUUUUUUGCCCAACGUAACAUGUAUUUGACAGGUAUUACGUUAUUCCUAACCUUCAUUGUUACUAGAACAUUCAGUUUGGUGAACGAACUGUUAGAUUUGAAGGAAACCUAUCAUACCACUGAAAACAAGUUAGGAAAGGGUAAAUUGAGUAAAUCAGAGCAAGAAAAGAAGGAUAAGGCAAAUGCGGAAUUGAAAGUCAAAUUGACCAAACAAAUUGAGGAGACCGAUAAGGAGAUUGAAAGACUAACUGAGAAAGCUACUCUUUUACAAAAAGAGAUGGAAUAA